AUGGCGGCGGAGCUCGAGGAUAGGAAGCCCUCGACCUCCGACCCCGACAAAUCCGACGGCGACGACUCCGACUCCCUCUCCCUCUGCGACGUCGCCCCGGCCGGAAAUGAUGAAUCCGACGGUCUCGUUUCCUCCGACGAUAGCCAAUUAUCUCCUCCUCCUCCUCCUCCUACCGACCCUUUCGAGUUCUUCCCCGGCGACCACUCCGCCGUCGAGGAGAUGUGCUCCGCGGACGAUGUCUUCCACCAGGGGCAGCUCCUCCCCUAUAAGCCCCCUCCUCCGCAGCCGUCUCCGGCGAAAACAAGCGAUGCCACCGCCCCCAAGAUAGCACCUUUCGAUCACAGGCGGUCGGAGUCGCUCAACCGGAUCAACCGGCCCCGCGGCGGCGGCGCGGGGCUCGCGGCCGAGUACCGGAGACUGAGGAGGGCGGCAUCAGAUUCAGACUCGAGAACCCCUCUGCCGCCGCCGACUCAGCCUCCGGCGAGGCCGAGGUCGCGGCGGCCGAAGUGGUAUCUGGUCGUGUUUGGUUCUGUGAGGGUCCCGGCGGCGAUGGAGAUGAAGGACAUCCGGAACCGGCAGAGGCGGCAGAGAUCACUAUCUCUGGCGGAGUGCGGCGGGUUGGGGUACGAGGGAGGGAGAGGCCCGUGGAAGCUUCUCCAGUCUCUGAGCUGCAACGGGGCGGAGAGCGCCGUCGUGUCGACGCCGCUAAACGUCGUCUCGCACGUGCCGGGUUGA